AUGCCUUCCGAAGUCACAGACAUCAAGCAGUUCCUCGAAAUUGCCCGCAGAAAGGAUGCCAAAGGCGCCCGUCUCAAGAAAUCCCCCAAAUCGAAGGACAUCAAGAUGAAGAUCCGGUGCAAGCGAUACCUGUACACCCUGAUCCUCAAGGACUCCGACAAGGCCGACAAGAUUAAGCAGAGUUUGCCACCGACAAUGCCCUUCACAGAAAUUGGCAAGAAAAACAAGAAGCCUAAGAAGAACUAA